GGAGGAGAGAAGAAGAGAGAGACAGAGAAGAGGAGAAUAAGCAAACAUGGUGGAGAAUGGGAAUUUCUCUAAGGCUUAUCCAAUGAAAGGUGGAGAUGGCUUUCAUAGCUAUUCCAACAACUCCUCAUACCAGAGAGAAGUUAUAGACGCAGUAAAGGAACUCAUCAAUGAGGCAAUUGUGGAAAAGCUAGACAUCAACAUCCAUUCUUUGCCUAACAAAACCUUUAAAAUCACAGACAUGGGUUGUUCUGUGGGGCCCAACACAUUCAUUGCAAUCCAAAACAUAAUUGAAGCUGUAGAGAAGAAGUACCAGACCCAAUUUGAGUAUCAAGUUUUCUUUAAUGACCAUGUUUCCAAUGAUUUCAACACCCUCUUCUCCUCCAUUCCUCCCAACAACAACUAUUACCCUAUGGGUUUGCCAGGUUCUUUUCAUGGUCGCUUAUUUCCAAAUGCCUCUCUCCACAUUAUGAACUCUUCCUAUGCCCUUCAAUGGCUUUCUCAAGUGCCAAAAGAGGUAUUGGACAAAAGCUCUCCUGCUUGGAAUAAAGGGAAGAUCUGUUAUACUAGUGCUGGAGAUGAAACUCUCAAGGCUUACACAGAGCAGUUUGGUAAGGACAUGGAUUGCUUUCUAGAUUCUAGGGCAAAAGAGGUCGUCCCCGGUGGGUUGCUUCUGCUUUCAUUUCCUGGCCGGUUGAGUGAAACUCCGCAUUCUCAAGUUUAUUCCAACAUAGCGUAUGAUCUCUUAGGAUCUAGCCUCAUGGAGAUGGCUCACAAGGGAAUCAUAAGUGAAGAGAAAGUGGAUGACUUCAAUAUCCCAGUGUAUUUCACCUCUCCACAAGAAGUGGAAGAAGCUGUAAAAAGAAAUGGAUGUUUCAACAUAGAAAGAGUAGUUUGCAUUCCCUUAAAGAAGAGCCAAAGCAGCAAUUCAACAAAAGCAAAAGCAGUAUCAUCUCACAUCAGAGCUGGCAUGGAAUCACUUUUGAAAGAGCACUUUGGAGAUGAGUUCAAUUUGGAUCAACUCUUUGAAAAUUUUCUUCAAAAGCUCCAUGAAAAUAUUCUUCCUCUGCAACACGGCGAGGCUUCAACUGUGUUCUUAAUACUUAAACGCAAAGAAGUUGGUAGAUAAAUGUAGUGAUGUAUGAUUCGAGAUUCCGAUACAUAUGUACUCUCACUAAUAAUUACAUAUGUAAAUCCAUCCUUAUCAUCUCAAGGAGGAUUCAUUUAUUUUUUAUUAAGAGAGUGCUGCAUCCAAUGUAUUGUAUAAUUUUCUAUUUUCUUUUGCAAGUGUGUUUGAAGUAAAUAAUGUAUUCUCCUAUUAAGGACC